AUGAGUAGACCAGUUGUUAUUUCAGGACCAAGUGGUACCGGAAAAAGUACUUUAUUAAAAAAGUUAUUUGCUGAAUAUCCAGAUAAGUUCGGAUUUUCAACUUCUCAUACCACUAGACAACCAAGAGUUGGCGAAGUAGAUGGAAAAGAUUAUCAUUUCACCAAAGUUGAAGAUUUCAAAAAAUUAAUCGAUAACAAAGAAUUCUUAGAAUGGGCACAAUUUUCAGGUAAUUAUUAUGGUACCUCAAUCAAAGCCGUUAAAGAUGUUGCACAACAAGGAAAAAUAUGUUUAUUGGAUAUUGAUAUGCAAGGUGUUAAAUCAGUUAAAGCCAGUGAUUUAAAUGCCAAAUACUUGUUCGUUGCCCCACCUUCAAUCGAAGAAUUAAAAACUAGAUUGGUUGGUAGAGGAACUGAAACUGAAGAAUCAAUCAAUAAAAGAUUAGAUGCUGCCACCAGAGAAAUGGAAUAUGCUGAAACUGGUGCUCAUGAUAAAAUCAUCGUCAACAACGAUUUAGAAGAAGCUUAUAAACAAUUUAAAGAAUUUAUCUUAGAUCAAUAG